CUCAACCUGCCCAGGUCGACGUAGGCAGGUGUUUGUAGAGAACGAUCCAAUCUACCGGCCGUUGUUGCCAGCCGCGUUCGCAUCGCGUCGGAUUCUCUCGUCCAUCGUGGAUUUCCUGAGGUCACUUCGAGGUCACAGUGUCGAAACGAGAGGACAGGGUGACGGAACGGAGCUCGGAGCACCGCGAGCGGGAGUGCCGUCGAAAGGGUCGCGUUGGCGGGGCCCGGCCGGGAUUUAUGGAACCACCCCAUGGAUAGUAACAUGUCAACCGCCGCCUUCAUGCAUCGGUCGGGUGGCUCCUCCAGCGCGUCAAGCGCUGGCACGGGAUCGUCGACCGGUGGAGGUCCUGGGAACCCGGCAGGAGGCGGCAGGAUGGCCGUCAUCGGCGUGACCAGAAAUGUACGACUGAGGCGUCGCGGUAAUGCCGGCUUUGGUUUCUCAUUACGAGGUGGACGCGAAUACGCCGCCGGAUUUUACGUCAGUGACGUUCAACCGGGUGGCGAGGCUCAUAGAAAUGGAUUGAGGGUAGGCGAUCAAAUCCUGAGGGUGAACGGUUACCCGGUGGAGGACGCCGUCCACCAGGAGGUCGCGCUUCUGGCAAAGAAUCAGCAAGUCCUGGUGCUCAAAAUUCGAAGCGUUGGGAUGAUACCCGUAAAAGACAAUCCAAACGAUCCGGUUACCUGGCACAUGGUACAGCAACAGCAACAGCAGCUGCAAUACAACGAAACUGGUUUAGGCGGUAUACCAAGCGCAGAAGUCAGAAUUCGGAUUCUCGUCGGCGAGAAAGGUCGUCUGGGCUGCGGCGUUUGCAGAGGCAUCGUACCUGGUCUCACUGUUCAGGGCACGAGGGAAGGCGGUCCCGCGCGAGCGGCAGGUCUGAAGGCCGGCGACGUGAUAAUCUGGUGCAACGGACAACGACUUACCGAUCUUCCGUUCGAACGAGCCAUUGAAGUGAUGCGCAGCUCGGCGAUCCUCGACCUCGUGGUGCAACGACCCACGUCUCCCAAUCACCUUUACGACUGUCCCGAGCCAUUGUGGACCCGCGGGAUGCAUCAGCGAUAUCCGCGCGACGAUGCCUGCAACAGAAAUGGCAGGAUAUGCUGCCCCCUCGCCCUGUCGACCACCAGCUGCAGUUCUUCGGAGUGGACGCACGUGGAUCAGGCGCCGGAAUGGUCGCGUAAACCGAAUAACACAACCGUGAUUCGUGUUAAUCAGAGCUCGAACCAGAACCAGAAUCACCGGCCUAUACUGGGCGGGCAGUACCAUUUCAAUCCGCGUGGCAAUUACGACGAUGACAUCGAUAACGAGCCACUUUACGACCCCGUGGCGCCCAGGAUUGACUAUGAGGUGCAUGAUUUCGACGCGAAUCCACGAGACGAGGCCAAUCGGCGGCUGGCCUAUCGGCGAGAUAACGCGAGGCAGCAGGACGUGAUUUAUGACGGGCCUGCGGACGACUUACCCAUGUAUCAUGGCUCCAAAGAGAACGACCAAGUGGUCGGCAAUCGAUUGACGGAUCUGCAACUCAUGCAGCGACAGAGCGAAGCCGAGAGGAAGACGAUAACGACCGUAGAGGUGCAUCAGUCGGUUUGUCCACCUGCACCUCCGCCGCCGCUUCCUUACAAAUGGCCAGCAGAGACCAAACCAAUGAACGCCAUGGGCAUGCAAAUGGGCAGCACCAUGUCGAUGGGCAGCACCGGCUCGACGGAGACCGAGUCAAGCCUUGAGUCGUCCUGCAGCAAGGAUUCCGCGUCGACGUCGUCAUCUCUGUCAACAUCGUCCUGCGAGCCGGCAUCCACCGUUUCUUACGGAUCGGCGAUCGGUGGCGGAUCCUCCAGCGUUACCAGCAAAACGACGGAAACUUCGACAGCCACAUACGCGACGCCGCGCAAGGAUGUCGCCAGGACGUCGCCGAUCGCCAGCACCGAUCUGAGCACCGCCAUCACGCAGGAGUUACAGAGGCGAGCGCAGCAGAGGAUGAAUAAUGCUGCUAAAGCAGAAACGCUAAAGGAAAAAACUCCGGAUAAUCGCAAGCCUCAGAAUCCUGAAACUUUGAGAUCGCAGGAGCAAAAAGUCGCACACGAUAAGCUGAUGGAGGAGUUUAAACGUGCACACCAAAAGAUGUUCAAUUCUGCUCAACAAAAAACGCAGUCCUCGGAACAGGUGCCCAAAGAAGUUCAGGAGAAGGAACAGCAGAAGAGAAUGCUCAAUGAGACAACAGCAAUAGUGUCGACAACAGCAAGUCCUCCGGUGCCACCGCCAGCGCCUCCGCUUCCGCUUCCUUCUAAAAAUCGGAACAGCGACGACUCGGUGGAAAUGCAAAGCAUCGAAUCGUUCAAGCUGAAGGAGACGCCCAAUACAGUGCCGAAACCACCGCCAACGUACUUCCCAGUGACGAGCCCUUCCUCGACGAACAAUAGUCCGCGACACGUUGGUACUGCAAGCAAGAUUCCCAAGGACGCCGCAACGAGCCCCGUUGCGGAACUCGCAAAGAACUCGGCUACGCCGAUCUCGCCGACCAACAGUGCUCAGCCUUCAAAGUUACCCAGCGGCAAGGUGGCCAUCAGGAUAGGGUCGUACGAGGGUGAGACGAAACAGCCAUCCAGGUUGGAAUUCUUGCCGCAACAGCCAAGUCGCGACAAAAACAGCGUUGACGACUCGGACAAUAGCCCUGUCGUAUCCAGGCUGCAGAACGAGCUUGCCGCGACCCUGCAGAGGUCGAACCUCAGAAGAAAGACUGAAGGCGAAAAUCAGUCGCCCGUGAAGACUAUUCAUGAGAACGCUGUGACAUCCAGCAAUGAAACAACGAAUCCAGAGCCAAACAAGCUUCUUCAGAGCAAUAUCGAGAAACUUGCUUCCGCUCUCAGCAACAAAGUCACCAUUAAAGUGAAUCCGGAAAAUAAUAGUCGAUAAGAAUCGAGUCGAAAAGACGUAGCAACAAUCAUCUUGUAUCUUCGUAAAUUUUGUACAUUUUUGCACGUUUCGCUAACACUAUUUCGACUUAAUUAUAUAAGUGAAAAGGCGCUCUCCCUAUUGGUGAGGUUCUUUUACACGUACAUGUUUUUAUAUCUUAUUUAUUAUCGUAUUAUACACCGAAAGUAAGGAGCUAAUUCUUAUUAAUCGAGACGAGGUUUCACGACCAGUAUUUAUCGCGUAGUCUUAAAUGUAAUCUACUGCGGCUAUGUACGAAUCUUAACGUAAAAUUCGACGAAAUGUUGAAUGUUUAAAUAAAAUCGACGACACACAUAUAAUA